AUGGCGAGCUCUUUUGCUCCCUCUCUUGCUGUUCCGUCCCUUUGCUGGGGCCCCUCGGCAUCUGCAACAUUUGAUGAUUCGAAAGUCCCGCAGCGGAUGCAGCAGCAGCAGCAGCUGCAGCAGCAGCAGCAGCUGCAGCAGCAGCAGCAGCUGCAGCAGCAGCAGCAGCUGCAGCAGCAGCAGCAGCUGCAGCAGCAGCAGCUGAGGCGAAGGAGCUCGGGAGAACUGCAAAAUCGAGGAGAGUGGGUUACGGGCGGAAGAAGCAGCAGCAGCACUUUACCAGAGACUGCAGCAGAUGCAGCACCAGCAGCAGCAAAGGCUCCAGGAAGCUCGUGGCCUCCUCCGCAGCAGCUGCAGCAGCCGGAAGAGCUACAGCAGCCGCAGCAGCAGCAGCGAGAAGCAGCAGCAGCAGCGGAGCCAAUUGAAGCAGUCGCGUCGCCCUCCUCUUCCUUAGACACAAGCCGCAGUUGUUCGUCUUACGGCUCUAGUCUUUCCUCCUACCGGUCCCCCUCAGCAGCAGCAGCAGCAGCAGCAGCAGCAGGGCGGAACCGGCGGCCCUCUUUCGUGCCGUGCAUUUCAACAGCAAAGGCAGGAGCUGGCUCCUGGAUGGGGGGCCACAAAGACCCCUCAGAGUAUCCUGUGGGCAACUGA